ACCCAAUAUAUCUCGGCCAACACUCCAAAUUGGUGAAUUUAGAAUAGUCAAAUAUUUUCUCGGGUUCUACUGAAAUAUGAAUUUCAAUGAGAAUUCAAGACAAUAAACAUCAUCCGAUGAUUCUGACAUGACAUCGUUUGCAUCCUCCGUAUUACCGUGGCUGCUGGCACAGAGUUAGCCGAUGUUUAUUCCUCAGAUACCGUCAUUGCUUCUUCUUUGGAAAAAGAAGUUCACGACCCGUAGGGCUUCUACCUCCAUGUGGCAUUGCUUCGUUAGGCUUUCGCCCAUUGUGGAAAAUUCCCCACUGCUACCUCCUGUAGGAUUUUUGGCCGUGUCUCAUCCCCAGUGUGGCCGAUCAUCCUCUUGGUCCAGUUGGUAGGCUAUUGCCUCAUCAACUAGCUAAUCAGAUGCGAGCCCUUCCUCGGGUCUGCUCCUCAGCCGGGGUAUUAGCGGCCUUUCCAGCUAUUGUUGCCCUCAAAUCUCCAUGGCAACGCAGCACGCGCGGUGCUGCAAUUUCCUUUGGCUCCGGCCGGUUGAAUCGCCAUUGGAAGAUGGAAACCAUGCACAAAGCUGGCGAUUCAACCGGCCGUUGGCCUUUCUGUUCUUGUUGGGCAGGUUACGGUGGCGAUUAGGGUGAACCAAAUGCGGAGAAGGCAUAAUCUUCUUCAUAUUGAUCUCUGCAACUAUGAACAGAGCUUGAAGAUGAAGAGAGAAUACAAAUCCAUUUCAUGAACAUUACCUGUAAAAAGCUCCAAAUCUUCCGUCUCUUCGAGGAAUACGAUAAGGAAUAACUUUCCAGUCGCCUUUCAAGCCAUUCCUUCUCCAUCUCUACUUCCUCUUCCUCAAUCAAUCUUCUUCCUAUAAAUUCUUCUCUUCUUUCUCGAAUUUUCGAUUCAAAAGAAACUACCUCAAAUUCGUAUCUCCAUGUCUCAAAAUUUUAGACCUCGAAUCGCCUUCAAUGCCGGAAUCCCUAGGACCAGAACCGUCCAUUACUACUGGUGUCGAAUCUGUCGACGAAUCAUCAGAAUCAGCUUGGGAAAUCCUCUGGAAAUUUCCAUCACUUGCCCCUUUUGUUCCAGAAAUCUCCGCCAUGAAUUGGACGUCGUUAGGGCACGAUUCCACGGCGAUCCUUCUAAUUUUCUUCAAGAUUCCGGAAAUCACAUGACCAACACGAAUUCUCGCCGGAUGAUCCCGCGGUGGACGUUCGAAACUGACGAUGCUCAUUCUCUGGAUUCUUGGAUUACUCUCCAAUUCUCCAGACCAUCGGAAAACUCCAAUCCCGCAGCGAAUUCCGACAUGGAGACGAUUCGGAGGGUGAAAAUUACGGAGUCGCAUUUGCAGAAGGAUUCGAGCUGUGCGAUUUGUAAAGAGGAAUUCGAAAUCGGAGGGGCAGUGAGGGAGUUGCCGUGUAGACAUUUUUACCAUUCGGAUUGCAUUGUUCCUUGGUUGAGAAUCCAUAAUACUUGCCCUAUUUGCCGGUACACACUACAGAACGCCAUUGAUGGUGAGAGCUCUGAGGAAUCUGUGGAAGAAGGAGACGGAAGAGGGAAUGGGUGGUGGAAUGUGGUGCGUUCAUGGUGGCCGUUCCGUGUGAUCGGCGAUUUGGCUCGCCGGCUAGGGUUCGCCGAUUAUGGCGAUAAUCUCCUCGCCUUGGAAACAGAUUCAUGGAUGUACUCUUGGCUGGCUGAUUGACACACCCACCCCAUGUAUGUAUCUAUCACUCUCUUUUUUUUCAUUAGGUUGCUUUAUUUAUUUAUUUAUAUUUACUCAAAUAUAUAUGUGAGGUCCCACGUCGUUUGUGAAGUGAAUGAGAACGAAACAUUUAUUAUAAGAGUGUGAAAAUCUCUCCUUCUGGAGGUGUUUUAAAAAUUAUGAGAA